AUGGGAGAGCACGAGGAGGAGAGGAGGAAGAUGAAGGGCACUGCACAUCCCGCGUUCCUGGGCGAAGGUGAAGGGAGCUGUAGCGGUGUGGGGAGGGAGCAGGGGAGCAGCCAGGCCAGCGCGCUCGCCUCCCCCCGCCAGCAAGCCGAGCUGCGAGCCCCGUCCGAUACAAGAGGAAUUGAAGGUGCCCGAAAUUACUUUGACCCCGUGGCGGCGGUGGAGGGCGACCCAAGGCGGUGUAGGACGGCCGGGGCCGGAGCGGGAGAUGAGCUGGAAUUAAGCGUCCUGAAGGAGGACGAGCGUGGUGUGUUUGAGAAACUGGCUCAGAUGCUGAAUGAAGACGAGGCUUCAACCAGCAUAGAUUUGCCUGGUAGUGUUAUGGAGGAGAAGGCAUUAGCUGGGGCUUCCGAGGUCCCCCAGGCUGGAUGGAGGGAUCGUUUGUGGGAGCAGAUGAAGGAGAGGAGAGAAGAGGUUAUCCCCCACUAUGUGGAACAGCUGAGGGAGCAAGUGCAAGAUGACAUGAUCCCACUAGGCCGUACUUCACUGGAACAGGAUGAGCGUGUGGAGAGAGGGCUGACAGAGGUGGACCAGGCCAGAAAACGGAGAGUCAUGGCCAUCUUGAGGGGGAGGGCGAAGUCUCGUCUGACUACCGUCCUUCAGAAAGGCUCUGACUCGUCACGCAAUCAGGGCAGACAAGUCUCAGAUCUGCGCUGUGAGCCUUUUCCCAUCAGAGGUGUGGAUCAGGAGGAGUCUCUCCUGCAGGAGAGGUUGUAUGCAGCAUUCCAGAGGGCAGAGAGUCGCUUGCUGAAUGCUUUGCGCCAGCGUCAGGCUGAAGUUAUCGCCCAGUAUGGAGAAAUCAGCGAAGCUACGGUGAACAGUGAGUCACUGGUCAUCGAAUCUGACCUUCCCUGGCAGGUGGACUGGGUGCGGGCGCCGCAGCCCGUGGAGGUGUGCGUGGGGCGUUUGCGAGCGGUACGGGAGAAGCUCCCGCGGGGCCCGUACGCCGUGAGCGUGAGCCUGCACACGCGGCUGGCCGGCCCCGCUCUGCUCUGGUCUGGGCUGAAGAGGAAGCGGUGGGCCGGCGUCACGGAGCCCGUCGAGCACGGAGGCCGCUACUGCGACACAGACCUGUGCUUCCACCAGAGCCUCCCCGUGGUCUUGCCUGCACCAUGUGACCUCUUGCCCUCUACUGUGCUGGUAUUUCGGCUUCUGAGCAUGCCCAGUGAGGAGGGGCCCGUCAGCGGUGUGGUGGCCUGGGGUGCGUUCCCCGUGUGUAACUGCUCCCUUGCCCUCACCCAGGGCACUUUCCGCAUGCCCCUCCUCUGGGGUAGCCCCCGGCCUGCCCUCGACCGCUUCAGUAAAAUAGAACAGCUGCUCGCCACUGACCUGGACACCUGGCUCUGCAACCUGUACUUCCAGGUGAGGAGAGUUCCGCGGGAGCAGGCAGGGGUCCGGGAGGGAGCCGGCACCCUGCAUCUGCCAUCCGCUGUCCAGCUGGGCCCCAGCACCGGCACUCCGGAGCCGGCCGCCCACGUCGGCUCCUCCGCUUCCCUGCCAGGACCAGGAACGCUCUUGCAGGCGAUGUGGGAUAACUGGCCCCUGAUGUCAGCUGAAGGAGUUGUACUCGGGCGCUCAGCUCCCAGCCUCCCGUCAGUCAUCCAAUCAGACACGCGCGUGCUGCACAAACACGGCUGUCCAAGCCCCCAGUGCGGCGCUCCUGUCGGGGAGCGCUGGAUGGCUCCGCCCUCGUGUGUGCAGUUUGUGAAGGACCUCCAAGGAGAAGGUUUGGGCAUCAUUAAGAAGCGGAGGACCUUGCUCGCACUUCUGCAGGACAACAGGAAGGAGGCCAACCCUCGUCCACAGCCCUGUAAUCUACUCCCUAAGUGUUGCGGUCCAGGCACGCGCUUGCGCCUGGUGGGGCGUCUGCUCCCAGGGGAGCUGGGUCUGUCCUGGAGCCCGCGGCCUCGUUGUAGCCAGCUCCAACUAGCCCUGGUGGCCCUUGCCUGGUUCCCACGCCUCUACCUGCACUACUGCAGCCAAUGGCUGUACCUCCACGCCCGGGACAUACCUGUUAACAGGUUUCGCUUCCAUGCCCACACGGUAGAUGUGGUGUACCAGGGCUCUCUGCUCAGCACACCGGAGGAGGCGCUGCUGGUGCUCCUGGGGCCCUUGACCUUGAACACUGUUACGCUGGGCCUGCUUCUGAUCAGAUGGGUCUGUCGGCAAGCGUUUGGCUCAACGCCAUCCUUCCUGUCAAAGCUGAUCAUGGCUGCAGGAGCGUGGACGGUGCUGGACCCCCUGGCGGUGUUGGUAGUGGACGCCAGCCUUGGGCGUCUGUCCUACAGUGCAGAAGAGCCGGUGGCCGAUGCCGCUAAGUUGUACUGGCACUUUCACCGCACAGAGCACUCGGGCGCCGCUGGCAUCUUCAUCACACUCUUCCUCUACACCGUCCACUUCACGCUGUCCGUCACCGUGCUCUACGUGUACCUGCUGAGACUGCAUAAUGACGGCAGGGUUCUAGAUGUGUACCAUCGUCUCCACAGCCCAGAGGGGGCAUUUUUUAUCCCGGAUGACUUGGAAGUGUCCAAUCAGGAGCUCAGCUACAUUGUGAAGAAGGCAGAGCAGUGGCGGGGAUUCAACGGAGAGAGACGAAAGGUGGCAGUGCAUGACUACAUCUGGAUGGAGGAGGAGUCGGGAGCAUCCCAGUCCCCCGGGGGUGUGGCCACAACAGCGGGAGAGACCAGCACCCAUGUGUCCAUCUACACGCUGUACGUGAGCGGCCUGCGUCGGCGCCACAGACACUUCCUCAGACAGCCCAAUGGAGCCAUCAUAGAGGUGAUUGGGGACAGUGCAGAGGCUGGCCUGUUUGUUCAGGCUGAAAAGGUGGCGCGGGAGGAAGAGGAGCAGAGAAGGAAGAGCCCAAAACACGUCCUCCGAGACAGGAAGAGGCCUGUGUGGCGCUCUAACAGGGUGGGACCUGUCGGAGCAAGUGACUGAGACCCUGAUAUAGCACUGAUAUAGCACUGAUACAGUCUGAUACAGCCCCCCACCACCCAUUGACACAGACACAAAGGAAGGUCUCAUCACCACUGUGAGGUCACUUCCCCUACAGUGGUAUGCAGGGCUGGGCAUUCCUCAGUAAUGUCCAUCCUGAAGCCAUGCAUGUCCUCUCUUAAUGUCAGAGUUUGCAGUGAUACAUUAAAUUAGCAGUUUCAAACAAGGCAGGAGGCCCAUUUUCCCCUGCAAUAUCUAAUGCAAAAAAAAAAAUCUUGCAUAUAAAACCUUCACUCCUUCAUUUUCACAACCCUUUUAACAUUUAGUCUCCAUGUAACCAGCCCACAAAUCCUAUAAGCAUAAAUACUGAAGUGCGGAAACACCACCUGCCCCCCCCAGUACCAUGCAGACGUUAGGCGAGGCAUGCUGCACCGUGUGCCAUGGUUACCCAAUAAACAAUGUAAAGUAAUGUAAAUGAUUCCAUCAGGAAAUAAAUGCUGGUCGUUACGUUCUCGCUGCUGCCUCCGCGCCGUGAGAAAUGAGGAUCCUAAAAGUCACUUAUCAGCGGCCAGUGAUAAAAUAUCAAUAUUGGGAGCCCAUUAGGCAGGAUAAUAUUCCUGCUGCCUUGAUUUGUAUUGAGUAUGUGUCUGCUGGCUGGUGCUUUGAUGAAAUGAACUGGCCCACAAAUCAGGCCUUAAUGGGAACCUACUUAUACAUACGGCUUAAUUAAAGGUUGUGGGCUUAUUAACAUGUGUCUGUAGCAGCGGCAGAGAGAGACGCGGACCAGCUCUCAUGCUGGACCAGGUUGUAAAGGUUUUAUAGAUAACCUAUCAUUAUUAAAGCCCAUUGCUUAAUAUCGGAUC